AUGUCGCUCAAACAAGAGAUCGAGACUUGGGUGCAGGCCUUAGAUGCCUACGACAACCAAGAAUUUGGAGAGUCCUUGCAGUUCUUUGAUCAGAUCGCCGAUACAUCAAAGAUCUUGUUCAACUGUGGAGUGAUUUAUGCCACGCUAGGCGAGCACGACAAAGCUGUAGAAUGCUAUCAACGUGCUGUCGGGUUGGACCGGUAUCUAGCCAUUGCCUACUUCCAGCAAGGCGUAUCCAACUUUCUGCUCGGGGACUUUGAAGAAGCAUUGGCUAACUUCAACGAUACCCUGUUGUAUCUGCGAGGAAAUACUUCAAUUGACUAUGAUCAGUUAGGUCUGAAGUUCCGUCUCUUCUCGUGCGAGGUCUUGUUCAAUCGAGGUCUCUGCUAUAUCUACCUUCGACAGAUGAACCCAGGCAUUCAAGAUCUUGAAUAUGCUUCCAAGGAGAAAGUCACCACUGAUCAUGAUGUGAUUGACGACGCAAUCCGCGAGAAUGCAGAUGGAUACACGGUAUUCUCAAUCCCCGUCGGGAUCCUCUAUCGCCCCAAUGCAGCAAAAGUCAAGAACCUCAAGACGAAGGAUUACCUCGGCAAGGCCCGACUAGUUGCUGCAUCUGACCGUAACCAAUCAUCAGACCACCAAUGGAAACCCAUGGUCAUUGAUCAAGCCGCACUACAAGAACGUGAAGGAAUAUCUUAUGCUGCCACCAAUCUGGUACAUAAAAACCUCAGCAGCCGCACCCGUCAGCACUCCGAACCCCCUUUAAACCGUAACGUAUUCCCACCAACACCACCACCAGAUGACCGAUCCGUCAGCACGGCCUCGGGCUCCGGAAGCCAUUCAUCAGGCCACCACCGAUCAUCAUCUCUUCGAGGUGUGCGCCCACCACGUCUCGACCUAGACCGAACAGGAGCCACCCUAGACCGCCGCCCAGAGCAACCACCCACAGAGAAACCCCGCAUAGGCACCACCCGCACCGCAUCCGAGCCCCGCGGGCCCUCUUCCAAACAAAGCAACAUGCGCGGUUUCGGAGAACCCCGGCAAUGGACGCAACAACCCAGCCACAGACGAAACCUCAGCGACACGAAUACAAACACAACAUACCCUUCCGAUCAGGACUACCGACACCCUGACCCGUACGAUUCAUGCGCAAGCCAACGAAGCAUAGCCAACACAGGCUGGGGUCGUGGGUCUCGCCACCAGCCACCGCAAUACAUCGACGAAGAAGAAGAAUUUGGCAGCGACGCAUGUGAUGCAACCACGCUAAAUGAUGGAGCCUUCGAACUUGUCAACACGGCCGCCCCCGGCGGUCCGAGUCACCCAUCCCAGCAAAGACGCACACGCUCACCAGCCCGCUUCUCUCGCCAUGCCAAUCCCCGCAGACCGGAGAUCCAUAAAUUCCGCACCAAGGUCCAUGCCCCGGAUGAUACGCGGUAUAUCAUGAUCGGGCCGUCAAUUGAGUUUGCGGAGUUUGAGAAUCGCAUUCAGGAGAAGUUUGGCUUUAAGUGUCCGCUCAAGAUGAAGGUGCAGGAUGACGGAGAUAUGAUUACCAUGGUUGAUCAAGAGGAUCUGGAUUUGUUGUUUACUUCUGCGAGGGAGGUUGCGAGGAGAGAGGGGAGUGAGAUGGGCAAGAUGGAGAUUUGGGUUGAAGAGCGCACUAUGAUUUGA